AUGGCACGACUCAACCUCACAUUGUUAAUUAUCAUUUUCCUCUCUCUUCUCUUUUCAACUCUUGCCACCUCAGUUAAGCCAUUAUCAUUGGUAAGGCACAAAAAUUCUCAAACUAUGACUUACAUUGAGUCCUCUUGUAAUGGUACCCUCUAUCCCGAUCUUUGUAUUCGUUGCCUGACCCAAUAUGUCAAAUCCAACAUAAAUGGGCCACAACACUUGGCGCAAUAUGCUUUAUCAAUGAGUCUCUCUAGAGCACUUCACACAAGAAAGUAUCUUCUGAAAGUGACCAAAGAACUUAAGACUAAAGCCGUCAAGAGCAAUAAAAGAGAGUACCUAAUUGUUCAAGAUUGUGUGAACCAAAUUACUCAUAGUGUAGACCAACUUAGCCAAGUUAUGAAAGAACUACGCAGGUUGAACAAACGUGGGUCCACCAUCAAUGAUGACACGUUGUGGCACAUAAGUAAUGUAGAGACAUGGGUAAGCACUGCAUUAACAGAUGCUAGUAGUUGUGUGUACUCAUUUCCUGGUCAUAGGAUGAGUAAAAGAACAAGUACUAUUAAGGUUAAGGCUAUGAAUGUAGCUGAAGUUACUAGUAAUGCAUUAUUCUUAUUUCAAAAAUAUGCAUCUAGGUAUCGAAAAGUUGCAACCAUAACCACCAAGAAGUCCUAG